AUGACUGGGAGUUCUUUUAAUGAAGUGGUCACACAGUUCCAGAAUGAGGCUGAAUUAACAGAUUGUGAUAUUGAACAACUGCUUCUUGAAGCUGAGACCCGAUUGCAAAGCUGCGAGGCAAGGUUAGGUGGGAAUACAAUCCCCCUAAACAAUCCCACCGAUUCUCCCGGACAUACCUUGAGUGUCCCAAAGCUGACAUCCGACUCUUCAUUACAACCUUAUGUUUCGCAAGUGAACGAUGUUGCUUUGGCUGAUACAAAACGUAUGAUCAACACUACGGGGGAAAAGCUGGUACCUGAGCCUACCCGGCAUUCAGUUCAGCUUUCUCGCAGUUCUACAAAAGAAAAGGAAAAGCCAACAGCAGGGGCAGAUUGGUUCCAUCUUCCUAAGACAGAGUUAACGUCGGAACUCAAAAGAGAUCUUCAACUCAUUAGGAUGCGUUCCGUGCUAGACCCCAAGAGACACUACAAGAAAGAGAACGGUAAAGCACAGCCACCUAAAUAUUCUCAGAUUGGCACUAUCGUCGAAGGUCCAACUGAAUUCUUUAGCGGUCGUAUCGCCAAAAAAGACCGUAAGAGGACUUUCGUCGAAGAGGCUCUUGUCUUGGAGCGGGAUACCAAACGUUUUGAGUCUAAGUAUAGAGAGAUUCAGGCGUCGAAACAAAGUGGUAAAAGGUCUUUCUACAAGACUUUGCAGGCCAAGAGAAACCACAAGAACAAAGUGAAAUGA